AUGGCAGCGUGGCAGCGUGGCUUCGCCUCCGUUGCUCCUGGCCUGGCACAAGCCUGGGUGAUGGCUCCAGCUGUCAAUAUGGAAGUGGCACGUAUUCUCGUACGGAUACUGUGUUAUGCCCGCGAGGACCCGCCUUUACAUAGAGUCUGGGUGCGCAGAUUCGGGCCCAACAACGCUGCGUUCUUCCUCGGGAGAACUGGCUCUAGCCCAAGCCGUCUCAAAAGGGAGGGUGCCCGAUAUGUCAUAGUUCGCCCGGCGGGGUAUGAGAUCGGGAAAAGAAGGGCGUUUCUAAGCCUUCCUUGUCGUCGAUCCCAGAGCCUAAAGUACUUCUCCGCCAUCUCGUUACCUCUCCAGGACAAGUACGUCUUUCAACACUCAUUGGACGGCAAGUUUCUGCAAGACCGGGUUCCAGCCACCAUCAAUAGCCGUGCCAAGCAUCAUCCUCCUCAGUUUGGCGGAGGUAGUUAUUUGUUACACACCACUCCUACUAGAAGAGCUGCCACAAAUGGAUUCGGGAAGAUGAUAGGAUCACGAAAAAUAAUCCGAUCUUGCUGCGGUGCUUUGGGGAUUGUUAAAGAUGAGCUUGGUUCUCAGGUCCGUCUCUCGGUCAACUGUUGA